UUUAGUGUUUCUUUAACCUUUCAGCUAUCAAGACUCUUCUUUAAACUGUAAGCAGUUCAUAAACAUGAAUAAACCGAUAUUAUAUGGUUCAGAGUUGAGUCCAGCAGUACGUGGAGUUUUACUGACUGCAAAGGCCAUGGACCUUGAGCUUGAAUUAAGACCAAUCAACAUUUUAGCUGGAGAACAUCUAACACCAGAAUAUUUGGAAAUGAACCCACAACAUACCAUACCAACUCUGGAUGAUAACGGUGAUGUUUUUUGGGACAGCCAAGCUAUAUGCUUGUAUCUAAUUGAUAAAUACGCUCCAAACGACGAUCUGUAUUCACGAGACCUAUACACCAGGGCUCGCAUCAAUCAACGAUUGUAUUUCGUUUCGAGCGUCUUGUCACCUAAAAUGUCUAUGAUUAAUGGUUCAAUUCUGUUUCGCCAGUCAGCUGAAAUUCCACAAGCUGGAAUCGACGGAAUCAACGAGGGCUAUGAAUUUAUGGAAAAAUUUUUAAAAAAUGAUUCGUACUUGGUUGGUGAUUCUGUUACAGUUGCUGAUUUCUGUUGCGUUGCUACUGUUAGCACCAUACAGUAUGCUGUUCCAAUCGAUCCAGAUACAUAUCCGAAAGUUGCAGAAUGGUUUGAAAACAUGAAAAGUAUUCCAUUUUACGAGGAGAUAAAUGGAAAAAAUGUGGAGAUACUUGAACAAGUGGUUCUGGGUGAAUUGGAAAAAAACCGUGCGGCUGCAGAAUAAAUUGAAUUAAAUCUCUGUGUCUAUCAAAAUAAUUAUUCCUGCUUAUUGCACAAUUUACACCUUUUAGAAACGACUUUUCAUCUGUUUUGGACAUCGACGGCAUGAACAAGCGAUGAUAGAAAAAUAUUGAAAUGAUCGAUUUUGCAUCAAACACAAUACGACAAUGAAAAAUGAAGUAACAGAUCCACUGAAUAUCUUUGGAUAGACUUGUCGUUUCUAAAAUAUUACAAAAAAAAUUCAAGCACUUUCGAGGCUUUUGCGGUGUUUGUGUUGUAAAUUUCUAGUUAACGCAAUAAUUUUGGAUGCUAUUGUAACAAUAAAAUACUUUCAUCGAGA